AUGGACGACACUUCUAAUGUACCGCUUGCUGGUGCGCAGUCUGGUGUACCACCGCCUACAGCACCUGUUACAGUACUGUCAAAUGAUGUGGACUCUGAUGUUAGAUUAUCAGAGCUCGUGAAAAAGAUAAUCGGCCAUCGCACUUUUGAAUUCGAAGGAGGAUGUACGGACUUAUUCGCCGAACUUCAAGCAACCCUCGCGUCGGGUGAAUUACCAUUCUCGACUCCACUUUCCCGGUCCUCUGAUGAGGAGCACGAACUCUUCGACGACAGUGCUCCCAAUUUCGGUGUUGAACUCCCCAGUGAUGCGAACUUCGAUACGGUCUCGAUGAACAGCCCAACAUAUCCGUGGCCCUCGAAAGCCCACUUCCUCACGUCCCUGCUUUUUAGCUCUCCCCGUCUCCCGUUCUCCGAGACCCAGAAGAGAGCUAUACUCAAUUGGGCUGUAGAUCUUGGCGCUCAGAAUGUCCCCUCUUUGGGUUCGAUGAAGAAGUGCCACACAUACCUGGAUAAUCUAGUCGGCAAUCCGACUCAGAAAGUUACAUCUCGCUCUGGUGAUGUAUUUUACAUCAACAACAUCGCAGAAGCGAUUGCAAAGGACUAUUCGAAUCCCUUAACUCGGUUCGCAAUGAAGGAUUACCCCGAAGAUGGUGGCGAGGGCAUGUCACAGGUCUUCAACGGGACGAAGAUGUUGUUAGAUCUUCCGUCACCGCCAGCAAUUCGAGUGAACGGAACGAUUUAUUUUACAGAUGAACUACUACAGGAUAACUCUGGAGACUACUUCAUUCCAGAGCGCUUUUUUUACGCUUCACCUCCCGUGGACUCAGACGACGACGACAACGAACUCCACAAGCAUGUGGACACGAAGCUCUUAUACUCACUUGGUCGGGCAGUCGAACGAACAGAUGUACGUGGUCGUCGCUCAUCUAUAAUGACAUAUAAGCUAAUAUACUAA